AUGUCCACUGGUGCAACGCUCAACGUUGACAAUAGCAAAAGUCUCACUGAUUUAUUUCAGAAAUUCAUUCGCUUAACUGUUAAAACAGACGAUCGAAGUGGACGAUUUAAAAAACGUCAGCCUAUCGCAGAAGGUCAACAGCAACGACAACAAAAACAAAGCGAACAGUUGAAUGUUGUACCAACUUCGAGACGAAGUCAACGUGCAGUCAAUCAACCACCACGAGUACCGCCCCGCCAUAUCAAACAUAAGAGCAUCUAUGGAACUCAUCGGGUUGAAACACCGGUCACAACUGAUAAUAUUAGUUAUACACAUACAGAUAAUGAAGAACCAGACCAUUAUCUGACAGAUCAUUCGAACAACCUCACCAGAUCUGGUGAUGAAUCAGCUCAUCAUAGCCGAAGUGGAUUAGAUCCAUAUGACAUGGAUGCGUCAUUUGGUGAUAUGGGAUUAAGUAUAUCAUCAAAGCCACUGUCGAAAGUCCAAAAAUUAUCUGUUCAAACAGUUCUGAACGGAUCGUUUCCACGUGUAACGGAUAAACCACAAACAACAUCGUAUGCCACUGGAAGUAUACGAAAUGGCAAAUCCAAUGAAACUUUGAAUCACACAACCAAACACGAUUCUUCUUUACCAUUUUUCAACUCAUCGUACGGUGCGUCGGGUCGACUCAAUCAAACAAUUGGUCAAUAUCAUCAUCGCGGAGCGGCAGCAGCAACAGCCCGAACCUUACGCAAAGAGAGAAAUCGAGAUGGAAGUGUGAAAUCGACUUCCAGAGAAAUUGAUCCAUCGCCCACUCAUCAUCUAUAUCAACAACAAACAGCACAUAAUACCAGUAACAAUUCAUCUAUCGUCCAUACUUCACAAUCACAUCCUCGAGCAAAAAGUUUUCUCACGGGUAUAACCUAUGAGAAUUUAACUCGAGUUUCACCAUUUCCAAUGAAACCUUCCGAUGCAUUAAUGUGUUACGGUUCACAAUUAACCGAAUUCGAACGAAAAGAAAUCUUAGAGUACCACGAAGUUUAUUUUCUCGGUUUAGAAGCCGAAAAGUUACCAGUGACAAACAUAAAAGAAUACGAUGAUGAAAAUGGUUCAUACAUUAAAGUGAACAAAGAUCAUAUUUGCUAUCGAUAUGAAAUUCUGGAAACAUUAGGCAAAGGUUCGUUUGGUCUAGUUCUUCGUUGUUAUGAUCACAAAAAGAAAGAAACAGUUGCAUUGAAAAUCAUUCGAAAUAAGAAACGUUUCCAACAGCAAGGUUUAGUCGAAGUGAACAUUUUAAUGCAUCUGAAAUCGCUAGAUUCGGAUAAUUCAUUGAAUAUCGUGCAUAUCAAAGAUCAUUUCUACUUUCGUGCUCAUCUUUGCAUCACAUUUGAAAUCCUUGGAAUCAAUCUAUAUGAACUAAUACGAAAGAACAACUAUCAAGGGUUUAGUAUUCAUUUAGUCAGACGUUUCGCCAAUUCACUUUUACAAUGUCUUCGUGUCACUUUUCGAGAGAAAAUUAUCCAUUGUGAUCUCAAACCAGAAAACAUCAUCCUUCGACAGAAAGGAAGUAGUAGUAUCAAAGUAAUCGAUUUUGGAUCUGGUUGUUUCCAAUCACAACGAAUCUAUACGUACAUACAAUCUCGAUUUUAUCGAGCACCAGAAAUCAUUCUAGGCAUUCCUUACACGCCAGCAAUUGAUAUGUGGAGUUUGGGUUGUAUUCUUGUAGAAUUGUUCACUGGUCAUCCAGUUUUUCCGGGUGAAAAUGAACAAGAGCAAUUGGCAAUGAUUAUCGAAGUUAUUGAUUCACCACCGCUUCAUGUGCUCGAUCAAGGAAGUCGAAGAAAAUUAUUUUUUGAUUCCAAAGGAAAUCCUCGAUCAGCUUCGGCGAAAACAAUGAAAAAACGUCGUCCAGCUAGCCGUCCAUUAGCACAGAUUCUUCGUACAACUGAUAAUAAUUUCGUUGAUUUCAUCCGUCGAUGUCUUGAAUGGGAUCCAUUAAUACGCUUGACUCCGGAAGAAGGUCUACAUCAUCCAUGGAUGAUUGAAUCGAAAUUGAAACGUUCGACGCGAGAAUCUCGCAUUCAACAGCGAAGAAAAAAAGAUCCAAAUAGUACCAUAGAGUCAUAUUUUAGUUUAAGUGAAACGACCGGCCACGACGAUACAUUUGCACAUGACGAUGAAAAUACACUAACAAAUAAUGCUCCGACGAUUUUCCCUCGAAUUUCUAAUCAAUAA